AGUGGAUCCUUUAUUUUUUUUCCCCCCCCCCUGCUGGAAGGCUCUGGAAUGGCGCUGGUGAUGGAGCCGAUCCGCCUGGAUAGAGAUGUUUCCCGAGCUAUUGAACUACUGGAGAAGUUGCAAAGGAGUGGAGAGGUGCCACCCCAGAAGCUGCAGGCUUUGCAAAGAGUACUUCAGAGUGAAUUCUGUGUUGCUGUGCGAGAAGUUUAUGAACAUGUAUAUGAAACUGUGGAUAUUAAUAGUAGUCCAGAGGUGAGAGCCAAUGCUACUGCUAAGGCAACAGUGGCAGCAUUUGCUGCAAGUGAAGGUCACUCGCAUCCAAGAGUUGUGGAGCUACCCAAGACAGAUGAAGGACUAGGAUUCAAUAUCAUGGGUGGAAAGGAGCAAAACUCUCCUAUAUACAUAUCCCGCAUCAUUCCAGCUGGCAUUGCUGAUCGUCACGGAGGUCUGAAACGUGGAGACCAGCUCCUAUCUGUCAAUGGAGUGAGUGUUGAAGGAGAACACCAUGAAAAAGCAGUUGAGCUCCUUAAAGCUGCCCAUGGAACUGUUAAAUUAGUCGUUAGAUACACACCAAAAGUUCUGGAAGAAAUGGAAUCGCGAUUUGAGAAAAUGAGGUCAGCAAAACGCAGACAGCAAAUCAACUAUUAAUCAUUUUGAUACUUCAUUACUUUAUUUUACAUGACAGCUGGGAUUUCCUAAUGUGUUCUUCUUGCUAUUGAUGUGACAUGAUCAGGCAGUGUCAUACUCAAAUUAGUUAGUCACACUGACAGUACACCACAAUAAUGCAUUCUUGCUUAUUGUUAAUCCACUGUUAGAUUUACAGUGAAGUCAGUUUAAAUAUGUUUCAACUAUUCAUAUUUUUAAAUCAAAUAAUUAUUUCUUUUCUUAAUUUGUAAGUGCUGAAAAAUAUCACGAGGCACUUCUGUGUUGAUGUGCUAUCGAUGGCAGGAAUGGGACAUUUCCUCUAAAUAGUGCGUUAUAGUGAAAUUGAGGCAAACUCUACCCCUGCGGUCCAACUGCAACAGUGAAAAAGAGAGGCUUGGAAAACAAGCAUCUCCUCCAAAGUGGGUGGACGGUACAGGUAUAGUAAAAGAAGGAAGAACAGCACCCAAGUUAUGGUCCUCCACUUAAUUGCUACUGAAUUGGAGCCUGACUACCAAUUGAAAUAUCUACGGAGAAAGGGAGUUGCUGAUUUUGUCCAUGUUCAGAUGAUAGACGCAGAAAAUCAUCAGAGCAAAGCAGUAACUUAGGAAAUUCAGGGAUAGAGUUGCUUGAACUGUUCCAGUAUUACUUUGCAGUCCUUGUGAUUUCCCUUAUUAUGUUCAGCACUUGCCAAUUAAGCCAUCAGCAAAACAGGGAUGGGGGCUGGGUGGAAUAUAUAAAAGGAUGUAGAGUUCCUAACUUUUUCAAAUUAUUGGAUAUUGCUUGAAAGGCACAUUCAUGGUGAGACUUGCUCUUCAAAAUAGCUAAGAGUUGUCCAUUUUCUACACAACUUUAUCAAAUGAAUAAUCUGUUGUGCUAUUUAUCCCAGAAGUGAUCACAUUCCUUUCAGUAAUUGAACUGUUCUUACUCAGGUUUCUAUUCCAGUAAAAUUUGAUAACAGAAUAAAUUAGUUAGUCUAUACCAAGUAAUUUGAGAUGUGACAGCACCUUAGUGUUGCUUGUUGCUAAUUGCCCUGUAUUUAUCUGUUCAACCCACUUCCAAGUGAAAGGAAGACAUAUCAACUUGACUUUACUUCAGGCCUGAUUUACACCCCUUUUUAUAUUUUUUAACACUAUUCGAAGCUCAGAAGUCAUAGUAUGCCCAGCCAUGCCACUUUGGCCUAUCCAGACUGUUGUCCAGUGCAUGAAAUUUAUGGGCAGAUUUAAGGAGGAAUUCAAAAUUCACUCUUGGCUCACAUUUGUAUAAAAUUAAUUGUGGGUUCAGUUUAAGUGUCAGCCUCCAACAACAUUUUUAAAUCUCAUAAUAACUCAAUCAGAGAUUACCAAAUUUUAUUAGACUCAAAAUUGAAUACUUUUUAAUGAGGCUUCUGUUAAUUGACUUCUUGCUUCAGCUUUUCUACCACUUAUGAAGCCAAUAAUUUUUACAGAACAGUUUUUUGUAUUAGUACAUCUUAAUUUUUGUACCAGCUUUUAUAUAAAAGGCAGCUCGGUAGCUCUGAAGUUGAACAGGCAAAAGCCGUAUUGGUUUCUUCAAUCAUUGGUUGUCCUUAUAAGACUAAAAAAAAGCAACCACACGAACCUUUGAAAAUCUUCAAACAUGUUGCAAUCUUUUGGUCAUAAAUGUCUCAUGGUGAUAGGAACUGAAGCAAAUCUCUGAAUUAUUUUGCUUGUAGAUUGUUUAAACAAGUGGAUAUUUAAAAGAAGCCUUUUUCUAGCACUACUACCUAUUGACUUACCUUGUACUACACUAAAUAACAACACUUUGUGUUUGUUCACUUACAAAAAUUUUGUAUUUCCACUUUUUUCUGAAUGACUGGGGCUACUCCUGAUUAAUUAGAGUAUUAUACAACUGAUUGUAAGAGAACCUUGUAUUUUUUUUUCAAAUUUGCGUGUCAGAAAUGUAUGCUUUUCAACCUGUAGCUGUUGUCAGUUUAUGCUGUGCUGUGUAAUGAUAUGCGGUUGUAUUUGUGUUUAAAUAGAAAUCAGAUCGAACAUUGGUGUUCGCAGUUGUUCAUUUUGCUCAAAUGUUUAUCUAGUUUGGCUGAAUUGAAUAUUGUUUCUGAGCAUUGCAAUCCUUUUAAACUGAAGAAUCUACAUAUCAAGUGUGGUGAUAUGGGAAACAAUUUUGACAUCUUUACCGAAUUUUAAUGAUUCAGGUUCUGACGUGAACCUGAAAAUGCACGUUUUUUUUUUUUCUUGCCUCUUUUCAAAGGAAAAACCACGGAUUUGUUUAAAUCCGAAAUGGUUUUUUUUAGAUACCUUUAGUCUGUUUAUUGUACAAUAUUUGUAUUAAAUUCUGUUCCAACCAUGUUUUAUUGUUGAAAUCUUAAGAUGUUUGUUAAAAUUUAUUUUUGUUUCCUGGUUCCAACAUGGUGUGAAGACUUAAUUCACUUCGUGCACUGAUGUUGAACCUUGAUUUUAAAUACAUUCUUUUGAACAUUUGAGGACUCUUCCAAAAUGUCUAACGCCAGAUGUUGAGAAUCAAAUAUGACGCAUCAGCCUUUGUUACCACUUGCAUCAAGUUACUGGAGUCUGAUCAAAUCUGAGCAACUUUAAUUGUAUUGCAGCAAUGCCUAUCUGCUACUGUCUCCUAGCAAGGAAAACUUAUUGCAACAAAUAUUAUCAAAAUUAUAAAAACCAUGCCAUUUGGAUAAUUACGUGAUCAGUAAUGUCAGUUCAAUAAAUUCUUUGCUUUUAGAAUCAACUGAUCAUUAGCACUGAAGGGAAAAAAAUUAUGUCUAUUUGUGGGUAAAAUAAUACUGCAGGACCCAAAGAGAAGCUUAUAGUGGUUAAAACUCAAACAUAAUUGUGAAUGGUAUCUAAUUUUGUUUGUAUCUGUGUAUAAUGACUUUCUAAAAGAUAAAUCUACUGUGCGCUGGGGAUCUUGUUUGUAACCAGUUAAAAUUAUAUGCUUGGCUCUCUUAAUCUGCUCUUUGUCUACUUUGAUUUGUGAAUGUUGAAAUUUGUACUUAAAAUAAAAUUAUAUAUGUAAUA